GUAUCAAAUGUCAAUAAGUUAUCGUCGAUAAGUGUUAAGCUCUGCAACUCUAUGACACUUCGUUUUCCCAGUCACUCGAGUGAUUUGCCCAAAAAUGAAUACCUACGACGAAGUCUUGUCGAAAGUGCUGGACAACUUGCUGGCUUCCAAGAACUGUGAGGUGGUUGACGAAGUAUUACGCCAGUCGUUGCUGGAACUGUUGCGCGGCAGACUCCAUGAGAUUGCCCAUCGAACCACCAACUGGUCCAAUCACGCCGGUCGCAGUGCACCCAGCUACUUUGAUUUGGAGCGUACCUUCACCCUGAUGAACAUCCAGGUGGGCGGCCUCAAGUCCAUUUGCCGGGGUCAAACGCAUUCGUUGGCCGUUGUUGAAUGUCCAGCACACCAGACACAGGAGCAGGAUUUCCACAAGGGCCCAAAACCCAUGCUGAGUGCCACAAAGGCCAGGGAAAUGGCCUCUACGUCGUACAUUCCGGACUAUUUGCCACCAUUUCCAGGGGCGCACACCUAUAAGAAUACGCUUAUUGAGAAGAUCACGGAUCGUGGCUAUGUGGCCGUGAGGAAUCGUCAUGCCGAGAAUGAGCUAAACACUCAAAAGGCUUUAAAUGCAUUCUACUUGAGGUGCGACCCCAAUAUAUCGCUAUUCGAAAAUAUCCAAGGCGAUGGAAGUGGUCAUGUUUUGGAUCUAGGUCCGCCCAAUAACCUUUCUUACUCGGACGCCCUGAUGCCGCAAAGUGAGGUUUUUGAUACGGACAUUUAUGCUCCCAGGGAGUUGAUAACUCAUAAAGCACUCGACUGCCGCUUCUUGGAGGAGCCAAAGUUGCGUAUUUCACGCCCAUCCUCUGAAAAUCACGAAGGCGAAGACGUGGAAAUGGAGGAUCCCUCCAGCAAUGAGGGUGCAGGAGGAGUGUCCAUGCAGGACUUUACGUAGAGUAUUACCUGCUCGCAGCCGGACUACAGAUGGAAAACCGAAUUAAACUGCAGCUCAGGAAGAGGUGAAAAGCACACGAAAUGUUUCCAUUACCAGACCAAGCUACUCCACAGAAUAAAGUGUGAGGAAAAUUAA